AUGGUUUGUCCUGGAUGUGUAAUUAUUCUGAGUCUAGGAAAGGUAGAAUUUGGUUGGGGUGGAAGAAUGAUAGAGUGCAUGUUGAUGCUAUUACUGUUCAUGCUCAGUUCAUUCAUUGUAUUAUCAGUACUCUUGAUUAUAGUACUCAGAUCACUGUGUCUUUUUUUUUAUGGUUUACAUAAUAUUCAUGAUCGGAAAGAUCUUUGGAGAGGUAUUGGAGCUAUUGGUUCUGUGUCCAUGCCCUGGCUUUGCACUGGGGAUUUUAAUUCUGUUUUGUUACCUGAAGAUAGAGUUCAUGGAAAUGUAGUAACAGAUUAUGAAGUUCGAGAUUUCAAGGAUUUUAUUGAUCAAAUGAAUUUUUCUGAGAUCAAAAGUAAAGGGUCUUAUUUCUUAUGGUCUAAUAAGGCUCACUCAGGCCCUAGAACUCAAACCAGAAUUGAUAGGGGUUUGGUUAAUAGUGAAUGGCUCUUUCAAUUUCCAAAUGUGGAAGCUGUUUAUCUUCCUCCCUCCCUUUCUGAUCAUGCUCCUCUAUUGUAUGAGGUUCUCCCUCCUGCUCCUUGUAAGGGAAAGCCCUUUAGAUUUCUUAAUCAUAUGCUUACUCACCCUGAUUUCAUGAAUAUAGUGGAUGAAAUUUGGAGUGAAGGUUUUCAGGGUAAUGCUAUGAAUAGAAUUUGGAGAAAAUGCAAGAAUCUGAAGGUUAAGCUUAAAGAGCUUAAUACCAAAGCUUAUGGUAAUGUUGAAAUGAGAGUUGAUUUAGCUCAACAGGCUGUUUUGGAAGUCCAGAACCAAAUGGCUAAUGAUCCUCAUUCUGACUUGCUGGUUCAGGAGGCUACUGCUAUUCAACAACUCAAAUACUGGAGAUUUGUUCAGGAGAGCAUUUAUAGACAGAAAGCUAGGGUGGAAUGGGUUAAACUUGAGAUUGUGUCUUUUUAUAAACUUCUCCUGGGUUCGAGCUCUUCUGUCCUUGAUGCUAUUGAUCUUAAUACCAUGAGAGCUGGGAAACAGCUUUCUGCAGAAGCUCAGAAUUUGCUUAUUAGUCCUGUGGUUAACUCUGAGAUUGACUGUGCAAUCAAAAGCAUCUCUGAUGAUAAAGCCCCUGGAACUUUGCAUCCUCAGUGGAAUUGUACAACUCUUACCUUGGUUCCUAAAAUCCAGAAUCCUUCUUUUAUUAUCUCCAAGAUCUUGACUGCCAGGCUUGCUCAAGUUGUUGGAGAUAUUGUUGAUGAAGCUCAAGCAGGUUUCAUUCCUGGUAAACAUAUUGGAGACAACAUCUUAUUAGCUACAGAGCUAAUCAAAGGGUAUACUCAUAAGCACAUUACCCCUAGAUGUAUGAUUAAGGUUGAUCUGAAAAAAGCUUAUGACUCCAUUGAAUGGAGUUUUCUAAAGGCUGUAAUGUUUGAGCUUGGUUUUUCUUCUGUGUUUGUUAAUUGGAUUAUGGUGUGCAUUUCUACAGUGUCAUUUUCUAUUUUGAUAAAUGGCUCUCCUUCUGUUCCUUUUAAAGCUCAGAAGGGUCUGAGACAAGGUGACCCCAUGUCUCCUUUCCUCUUUGCUAUAGGAAUGGAGUAUUUAUCCAGAUUCUUGCAUGAUUUGGCUACUGUACCUGAUUUUAACUUUCACCCUAGAUGUGAGAGGCUUCUUAUUACUCACUUAAUGUUUGCAGAUGACCUGUUGUUGUUUACUAGAGCUGAUGAGUGUUCUGUUCAGCUUUUGUUUAAAGCUUUUCAGAAGUUUUCUAAAGCUUCUGGUCUUGAGGCUAAUUUGCUUAAGAGUGAGGUGUAUUUUGGAGGGGUUGGCAUUGAUUUACAGGCUGCUCUUUUGAGUAGAUUAGGGUGGGCUUCAAAGUUUCUCUCUUAUGCUGGUCGUUUACAGCUCAUUAAGAGUGUUCUUUUUGGAAUUCAAACAUAUUGGGCUCAAAUUUUUAUUUUACCUAAGAAGAUUAUGAAGGAGAUUGAAUCUAGAUUUAAAGCUUUCUUGUGGACUGGUAAUGCUAAUCCUUCUAAGAAAGCUCUUAUUGCUUGGAGCACUGUUUGCUUGCCUAAAUCAUGUGGAGGCUGGAACAUUAUUUCUCUUCAUGAUUGGAAUAUCUCUGCUAUCUGCAAGAUCUUAUGGGAUAUAGCUCACAAAACUGAUUCUCUCUGGGUUAAGUGGGUUCAUAUUUACUAUUUCAGGUCAGUCAGUUUCUGGGAGGCUGAUAUUCCUAAGAAAAGUUCCUGGGUGCUUAGGAAAAUUAUGAAAUAUAGGGGGCUGAUUGAUGAUAUUGGUGGAUGGGAUCCUGUAAUGAGUAAUAACAGGGUUCAAAUCAUGCUGAUCUAUAAGAAACUCAAGAUACAGGCUCCAAAGGUCCCCUGUAAAAGACUUACAUGUAAUAAUGGUGCCUCUCCAAGGAGCAUCUUCAUCCUUUGGCUGGCUCUUUGGAACAGGCUGCUUACUAAAGAUAGAGUUCUCAAAUGGAAUCCUACUUAUGACCCUGUUUGUUUACUGUGUUUACAGGAAAAUGAAACUCCUCGUCAUCUUUUCUUUCUCUGUAACUAUUCUAAGAGAAUCUGGGAGAAGGUUUUACAACUUCUCAAAUGUCACAAGUCUGUUCAGGGCUUUGAUCAGGAAAUGGAUUGGGCUAUGAAGAGAGGUAGAAGAUCAAAUUCAAAUGCUAGGCUUCAUCUGAUGUUCUUGGCAGAGACUGUUUACAGCAUUUGGAUACAGAGGAACAACACUAUGUUCAAUGGCAAUCGUGAGCCUGCUGAAACUGUUUUCAGGGCAGUGGUUUACAGGGUUUCCUGCAGGUGUAAUGAGGCUGACAGACAGGCUUUGAUCUCUGUGCCUACUUAG